AACUUUAAGUGAUUGGCAUUAUCAUGAAGAAGAGAAGAAGAAAGGCACUAUCCUUUACCAACAACAUAAAGAAGCCAAAGCCCACAAUCAAACCUUAUCCGAAGAAAUUAGAUUUCCGAAGUAUCGAAUCCAUCCUGGAGCCUCUUAUUACAGUAAAUCCAUCAAUACUAAACAAAUUACCCAACUAUUAGAAAUCUUCAAUGUUGUUUUGCCAAAAGUCACUACUUUUGAUUUUACUGCUUUGAAAUCCGAAAUAGAAAAAUUAAAAGCCAAAGAAAAGGAGUUAGAAGAGUUACGCCAACAAUCUUCAUCAUCUUUAAUGGAACAACUGAAAAAGAAAAAAAGUGGCUUGAAAGAAUCGCUUGAUGAGUUGAAAAACAACUUAAAGGAGAAAUUAGAUAGUAAAGAAUUGGGACUCUUGUUGGAUACGCUACUAGAAAUUCGAGUUAAUAUCAUUGAAGAAGGAAAUGAUUCUCUCGCUGAAGAAAAAUUUGAAAGUUUAGCAAGUAUCCUUGAAAAAAAAAUAAGUGAAAACUUUGCUGGAGAAACCAAAAAAAUAGAAGAAGAGUUGGAAAGACUUUACCAAAUCCAAAAAGAAAUCACUUAUCUUGAUGAGAUUAUUCAAUCUAAAUCAAUUCAAUGA